AUGUCUUCGGUCGCAUGCUGUCAAGAAUACUCCCAGCCACGUCUCAUCUCAAAGCCAACAAGUUCUGAUGACGACGUCGUGAUGAAGUUGAAACCGAUUCGGUUCACGUCAACAACAUCACAGUUUACCGACGACGUGCAAGAUUCAGUAGUGGUUCGUUGCUCAACAUCAACAUCGCACUAA